UCUAUACUCACCUCUCUCCUAGAUGGUUUAGUAAAACUGCACACAAUUCGUCCGCUUUUUUCUCCCAAAUCACAACAACUCCUCACCGUCCUCACAGCCAUGUCCCAUCAACCGCCAAAAUAACGCACUCAAUUAAUCGGCAUUAUAUUUUUUGUCAUUCCCCUCUCCCCGUCCCACCCCACCAACCCCCCCCCAGCACAUCCCCGUAUCCGUUUUAGUUUUUUUUAUUUCCGUUUAAUAUAAUUUUUAAAUCCCGGUGUGGAUGGAAAUAAUAAGUGAACCAGUGACUGGAGUGAUAGCCUCGUUUUCAAUAGAAUUGUUGGAGCUGUUGGAAUUGUUGGAAUCAGAUGAAGUGUUCGUGGAAUAGUGGAUUAUCCAGUGGAAUUCUGUGGUGAUGCCUCUUGCGGAUACGAGACACUGAGGAUUUUACGGGAGAUGAGGGCUUGAUCGGUGUGGGGAAGUUAAUUGGCACGGGCCGACGACCGGAGUGUUGUUUUGUCCCUUUUUUUUUAUUUUUUUAUUUUUUUUUUGUUUCCUUCAGUUGUUUUUUUUCGCCCGUGGGUGUGCAAUUGUUGGCAGUCUGUGUUGUUUUCUUUUUUUUUUCGUUUUUUUUUUGUUGGGGGGGGGGUUUUGGAGACGGACAUUUUUAUCGGACGGCUCCACCUUCUGCCUUACCGACGAGAUUACGCCCGAGAUGAUAAAGAUUUUUGGUGAGACUGUUGGGAUAUUCUGGAGGGGCCACGAGGGGAUUUGAUGGUUGAGAGGGCGAAGGUAGCCGGCAGGACAGUGGUCAGCAUUUCCGCCGGGGUCACGUCAUUCGGGGAAAAAGAGGGCGGUGGAGUUGCGACGAUAACGAGGGAUAGGAUGGUUGAGGGCCACCGGGAGGACUGAACGCUUUUUUCGACGUUUUUUUUACUUUCAUUUUGGGGCUUGAGGAGAGGAUCAACAUCCCGGACCUCGCGGGAGUUAAUAUGAGCAUGACUCUUGUGCGAAAUACGUUCAAAGGGUGCAGUGAGGACGAAGGCAGCGCUGAAGUUGGUGAAGUGGGCGGUUGCGCGUCAGGUGGGGCAAAUAACGGUGAGGGUGGAUCAGCCAAACAGGACGAGCGUUGCCCACAGUGCGGCAUACUUUGCCGUAAUAUCCACGUUCUUCAACUCCAUCUUGAGGACGCCCACAAAUCCUCAUUCGUUAUUGAUAAACACGACUUAGGUGCUCAAUUUUCCCAAGUUUCCUGCAAAGUCUGCAGCAAAACAUUUGCAAACGUUUACAGACUGCAGAGGCAUAUGAUUAGCCAUGACGAGAGCGCAGUUUUGCGCAAAUUCAAGUGCCCACACUGUGAGAAGGCGUUUAAGUUUAAACAUCACUUGAAGGAACACCUUCGAAUUCACAGCGGUGAAAAGCCUUUCCAAUGUAACAACUGUGGAAAACGUUUCUCCCACUCUGGCUCGUACUCGAGCCACAUGACAUCGAAAAAGUGCCUAAUAGUAAACCUCAAGAAGUCCAGGAAUCACACAGUGCAUCCCGAUCGCCCCAAGAAGUCCUCGCCACAUCCUCUCCCACCGCCUCGUCCGCGAGAGGAGUUUCACCCACAGAACAACAAUACGUUCCUUCCAAUUCUGCCAAAGCUCUCGCCUUCGGAUUACCAGGAACUCCAGAGGGAUAAUCCAAGUAUCUACGACAUGCCAACCCUCCUCCCCCAGAUGAUGGGUCUGGGGAAUUAUUUUCUCCAGUCGUCGAUAGGAAAAUUACUGAAUCAACUGCACAAUAAGCGCCUUGACGAGAUGACUGAACAGUUCGAGUCCCACAGGGAGACACAGAGCCCCUCGACAGGAGAUUCUGAAGAAACAGAGGUCGAGGGUAAGUACUCACCGACCCCAAGUGAUCCCCAAGGUCUGGACGCAGUCCGACGUAUCCUGGAGACCGUCAAUACAUCUGUAACAAAACAGUUGCUGGAGGCGAAUGUCCGGAAGCUCUCGACAUCACCAAAGCCGAUCCGUGACCCGAUGGACCAGGAUCAGGACUCUGAGAUGUCCGGUGAGACGUCCAAUUGGCAAGACUGGCAGUCUGGUGAUCAGUACGACUCCCAGAGUGAGGGAUUGGCAGCAAAAUUGGAGGACGCGAGUCAGUCGAGUGUUGGGAAAAGCCGAACUGGCAAGAGGAAGGCUGAGGACAUGCUUGAGAGCUUCAUCGAGGCUGACUCCGACGAUGAGGAGGAUGUCAGGGCCUCUGGGGAUAGCACCAGGAGGGUGAGGGCCAGAUCCCUCAUCGACGAGGAGCAGCUUGCUGUGCUCAAAGGAUAUUACCAGAUCAAUCCACGUCCCAAGAAGGAGGAGAUCGUCAUGAUCGCCAAUUACAUAAAUUUCCCAACGAGAGUUGUUCAGGUCUGGUUCCAAAACUCGAGGGCUAGGGAUCGCAGGGAGUCCCGAAUCCCUGCACUUCUUCCUCUCUCCAGCAUUGGAAACCAUGCUGGCUUCGAGCAGCCCCUGGAUCUCUCCAAGAAGGAGGUUGUCGUCGUGGAGAAGGAGAAUAAUGUCAGAAGCACUGUGGUACCUGGAGAGGGCAAGGAGAUUAAUGGAAUCGUGGGGAAUGGAGAGGAUAUUGAGGAGGCACCUCUCGUUAUUGACGAGGAGACUAUCGACUCUGGAGAUAUUAAGAAGGAGCCAUGCCCUGGGAGUGAUCCAGUUGUCAAGCAAAGUCCAGCGAGGGGUCAUGGGAAGACCGAUCGUGAGAGGCCAGCGUCGACGGAGGCACCCGCGGUGACGGAAAGCGAGCAAGAGGGUGUUUAUGUUUGUGAUCAGUGUGACAAGACGUUCUCGAAGCACAGCUCAUUAGCUAGACACAAGUACGAACAUUCCGGACAAAGGCCAUACAAAUGUGAGGAAUGUCCCCGCGCCUUCAAGCACAAGCACCACCUGACAGAGCACAAACGCCUUCACACAGGUGAAAAGCCCUUCCAGUGCUCAAAGUGCCUCAAACGUUUCUCACACUCUGGAUCAUACAGCCAGCACAUGAACCACAGAUACUCGUACUGCAAGCCCUACAGAGAAUAAAAUACUCCGAGUU